AUGGAAUCUGCCACCUCCAUUUUAUUUGAGAUUGGAAAGUACACUGUAAAGCCAAUAAAACGUCAAGUUAGCUAUUUGUUUCAUCUCAACACCAUCUUCAAUGAUCUUAGGAAAGCAAAAGAAGAACUGGUAUUGAUACAAGCAAUGGUGCAAGAACGAGUCGAGAGAGCCAGAAUGAAUACUGAAGUUACAGAGAAAAAUGUACAUGAGUGGCUGACAAAUGUGAACCAAGUAGUAGCAGACAUGCAUACUUUAGGAAAUAAAAUAGAAGAAAACAAGAAAUUCUGCAAUGACCAGUUUCCUAAUUGGAUUGGGAGAUACAAAUUGAGCAAGGAAGCCACCCAGAUGACAAUGACUAUGAGAAAGCUCCAUCUUGAGGGCAAUUUUACCCAGGUUGCCCACCGUGCUCCAACUCCUGGUAUCGAAAUCUUUUUGUCUAGUGAUUUUGAAAUGUUUGAAUCAAGAAGACUGGCUUUUCAACAAAUUAUGGAGGCAUUAUGCGACAAUAAUAGUUACAGGAUUGGAGUGUAUGGUAUGGGAGGGGUUGGGAAGACAACCUUGGUGAAGGAAGUAUUUAAGAAAGCUAAAGAAUCAAAUCUUUUUAAUGACAUUGUGAUGGCUACUGUGUCCCUGACUCCAGACAUUGGAAGAAUUCAAGUUCUGCAAGAGCAAAUCGAAUAUGCUUAA